CCCCAUCCUCAACCGCAUCCCACCUCAGACACCCGCAUCAUCCUUUUUCUGCAACGACUCCGCACAUUCCGCCCGCUUCGUCUCUUCGUCGUCUUCCAGUCACCGACACACAGUCAAAAUGGCCACCGAGCGUGAAAGCAAGACCUUCUUGGCCCGUCUCUGCGAGCAGGCCGAGCGCUACGAUGAGAUGGUCACCUACAUGAAGGAGGUCGCUCAGCUGGGCGGUGAGCUCACCGUUGACGAGCGCAACCUCCUCAGCGUUGCCUACAAGAACGUUGUCGGCACUCGCCGUGCCUCGUGGCGCAUCAUCUCCUCCAUCGAGCAGAAGGAGGAGUCCAAGGGCUCUGACAAGCACGUCUCCACCAUCAAGGAGUACCGCAGCAAGAUCGAGCUCGAGCUCGAGAAGGUUUGCGAGGAUGUUCUCGAUGUCCUCGACAAGAGCCUCAUCCCUAACGCCGCCACCGGCGAGUCCAAGGUUUUCUACCACAAGAUGAAGGGUGACUACCACCGUUACCUCGCCGAGUUCGCCUCUGGCGAGAAGCGCAAGACCGCUGCCACUGCUGCCCACGAGGCCUACAAGAACGCUACCGACGUUGCUCAGACCGAGUUGACACCCACUCACCCCAUCCGCCUGGGUCUUGCCCUCAACUUCUCCGUGUUCUACUACGAGAUCCUCAACUCUCCCGACCGUGCUUGCCACCUUGCCAAGCAGGCCUUCGAUGAUGCCAUCGCCGAGCUCGACUCCCUCUCCGAGGAGUCCUACCGCGAUAGCACUCUGAUCAUGCAGCUCCUGCGUGACAACCUGACCCUGUGGACCUCGUCCGACAGCGGUGAUGCCGAAGCUGGCGAGGCCAAGAAGGAGGAGGGAGAGGCUGCCAAGCCUGCCGAGGAAGAACCCAAGCCCGCUGAGGAGCCUGCGCCCGAGGCUGCUUCCUAAAUCCUUGUUACCUCCGCUGCAUGCAAACUCGGCAAAGAACCGAGGGGUCUUUUCUUUAUCUUGUUUUAGUUAUCUGAACACUCUCGCCCACCUCUGAACAUGGCGAUAGAUGGGAAAUCGUGUUGGAGGCUGGCUUUAGCCGCUGCCCGCGCUGGUACCCAGUGCGCUGCUUGUCUGGUUAAUGGGGAGAUGGGUCAUGGAACUUCGGAUUUUUUUUUCGGUUUAGGGAUAGGAGAGAUGAGUGGCGCAAGGGUGCUUGUCCGUUGUUUUUCGCCUGCUUGAACUGGCGACGGACUCUUUUUGUUGUUCGCUGCUGAAUGAUGGAACGCUUUUGUUGCCUCUUCUCCCAACCUCCCUCUCUACCCCCAAGUGCCUGGUAUUUGUUCCCCAGUUCUGCUUUUUUUGACGUUACCACCUACCUAGUUUACAUCUGGUCCCGAUUUUUUGGCGGAUCGUUAUGGAAAAUGUUGUCCCCC